CCAUCUGCGUUCUGCUCCUGUGAUAUAUACUGUAAGCUCAUUAGUCCUCCUCCUGGAAUUAAGACACAUGGUCUGGAUGAGCACAGAGGCAAAGAAGCUGAGUGAUGCAGUUGUUAGGAGCAGUCUCUCACUGAGAAGUCGUUUUUCGGUGGCUGGUGGCACCCACCUGCGUGGAGCCCUGGAGCUUGGAAGGGGUCGCAGGACUCCUGAUCCAAAGCUCUGCAUCUCUCGCUUUGUGGAAGGAUGGCUCCCCUUCUGAACCUCAUCUCUCCCUUCCUGCUCACGUUGCUGAUGUAUCACGUUGAUGCAAUAAUGACGGAAUUCAAAGUACGUCCCUUCGACAAUAUUUCUCUGCCCUGCCAGUUCUCCUUUGUGGACGGCAUCGAUGGCUUGACAUUUACGUGGGAGAGGGAAGAUAUUAAGGAAGAACAUGAAGUGGAAGAUAAAGAAUUUUACAAAUUUUUUGUUGGGCUCCACGACUUUUACCAGUUUUACCCAAAGCUGAUAUACAGCUUUAGCAACAACCAGGAACAGCUGGAGGAGCGGAAUUCGCUAUAUGAGGGGAGAGUCUGGGUAGAUGAGGAGGAGAUCGCCGAUGGCAGCCUGGCACUCAUGUUGGAGCAAGUACAGUUUUCUGAUGAGGCAAUAUACAUAUGUAAGGCAUACAAUUCACGGGGCAGGGGGCAAAGGAAAGUGAAGCUCCUUGUGCAAGAUGCUGAAGAGCCACAGGUGCAGUUCAGCACCGUCAACGACACACUUGUGGCCAAGUGCAUCUCCGCAGGCUGGUAUCACAUGCCAAAGGUAACUUGGCGGAACCGAAGGGAAGAGGACAUUUCCAGCUACGCCAAAUCAGACAUCCUGGAGGAGAAGCAGGAUGGGUCCCACAGGGUGGUAUCCGUCUUGCACUACCCUGUAUUGCUCCACGAGAUCUACACUUGCCAUAUUGAAGAAGACGACGUGCUCAACAGGCCUGUUCGAUCCAUCCACAAAGUCCCAAAGAGGAAAUACCAUAAUAUGUACAAUCACUAUUAGAAUGUUAGCUGGUCGCAAGCUACUUGCAAAGAGAAGCCCUUACUGCUUUCAACAGAUGAAUUCUUCAGCUUUGCACAGUUCUCGGAUGCAGCAGAAAGAAGAGGAAAACUAGACUAGACAAUAGGACAGUAAAAAUGUCCAUGGAAAUUCGGCUGUUUCCAUGCUGCUUCUCGACCUGCAUACUUCAAACAGGGCAACAAAUCACAUGAGAUGGCCUAGUUCACAUUCUAUAUUCUUAGGCACAGAAAGAGCCUUCAAAACCUCUGAACAAUAAAGUGAAUGAAGUACAGGAAAGAAUUCUGUCUUUUAUACAUACGUACCAUUUGU